UUCAAUUCUUCUGAUUCAAAUUCCAUUCAAAUUCGCUCUCCCCUUUGCAGAUCUCACGCUCGCUUUUGCUCGAAGCUUGUUAUCAAGGCUCUCUCUUUUCUCAGCUUGAGGGGUGAAAUUUUUGGCAAUUUUACGGGUAAAAAUUCGAGUAGCUUAGAGGGUUUGUCUUGUUUAAAGUUCGAGCUCUGGGUCUCAUGAGAAUUGUUAGGGGAAUGCAGAGAUUGUUUCGCGAGGAGCAGAACGUGCUGGGCUGGAAGAAAUCCUUCAGCCAAGGGAUUGGCGUCACUGUGCCCAAGGCCAGAACGCGUGACAAACAAAACUCUAUGUUUGGGGUUUUGUGAAGGAAGUUAGGAUAGGGUGUUUGUUGAAGACUAACAGCAACGAAUGCAAUGACUAGGAUUCUGGUUCAGCGAGGUUCCUCCAGUGGUUCUUCUUCCAACCCAAGCCGCUCUUCUUCCUUGUCUGGUUCUUCCUCUGCUUGGUCACAGCCUCAGAUUAAUAGUCCUCAGGUCCUUUCGGCUGUGAAAGAUGAGGAGAUUGAAGUGGAGCCGCAGGAAAAUGUUAUUGCAGAUGAUCUCUCAGAGAAUUGCGGGAGUAGUGACAAUAAUGCUGUGAAAAGUGAUGGUGUGUUGUUGGAAAGCACUCAUAAUGAUCACUCUCCAUGUUUAAGUGAGGAACUUUCUGAAGUUGAGAGAGUUGGCAAGAAUGAUAUUGCUGGACAAGGGGAGUUGAUGAAAGGUUUAGGCGGUUUGACAAUAUCUGAAAGGGUGAAAGUUGACAGUGCGGAUUCUGGUGGGGCUACUUUACAAAAUGUGACUGGGAGUUCACAGCCACCACCACCUCCUGUUCCUCCCCCAAAAAUUUCUUCACCAAAUUCAAAUUCAAGGAGAACCAUCACAGGAAGUUCAAAUGCAGUCAGGAUUGGACCUUCUAGAAGAGCAGUUGCCUGGCCAGUUGUUUCAACUAGGACGUCACCAACUGGAUCACGGCCUUCUUCUCCCAGGUCUCAUGGUGAAGGCGAGGGAUACAAUAGUGCCGAUGAGCAAGGCCCUUGCUUUGUAUCCUCCUAUGAUGAUACUGAAAGGGAACGGCAGUUUGAAAUUGAUAUUAGACGCGCAAAAGGUUUUGAAGUGAAAAGAAUGCUGGAGGAUGGCAAUUGUCUGUUUCGUGCUGUUGCAGACCAGGUUUAUGGGGAUUCUGAGGCGUAUGACUUGACCAGACAAAUGUGCAUAGAUUAUAUGGAGCGAGAGAGGGAUCAUUUUUCUCAAUUCAUUACAGAAGGAUUUACUUCUUAUUGCAAGAGGAAAAGAAGAGACAAGGUCUACGGAAAUAAUGUGGAGAUCCAGGCCUUAUCUGAAAUGUAUAAUCGGCCCAUCCAUAUUUAUUCCUACAGUAUAGAACCUAUCAAUAUCUUCCAUGGAAGUUAUAAUACCGAUACACCACCUGUACGGUUGAGUUACCACCAUGGAAAUCAUUACAACUCUCUUGUUGAUCCUCGUCGCUUAAGCAUUGGUGCAGGACUUGGGUUCAGCAGUCUCCGUGGGACAAAUGCUGACAAGGAUCAGAUCAAGGCUGCCAUUAAGGCUCAACAAGACCAACAAAUCGAUAAUGCACUUUUAGCUGAGGGGCGAUUUUACUCUGACCUUGAGCUUACUGAGAAGGAAAUUGAACGCAUGGUGAUGGAAGCUUCAAGGGCUGAGUAUCUUGCAGAUGGCACAUUCAAGCAACUUAGCCGUAGAGAAUCUUCUACUUCAAGCUGUGAGCCUUCAUCUUCUGGAGCUAGAUCGUCAGGCAGUGAUUCUAAGCCAGGUGGUAGAGACCAGGGUGGCCAGUAUUCCACCUUAAGCAGUAGUAUGCAAAUCGUUCUGUCGAUGGGGUUCAGCUAUCUACAGGCCAUCGAAGCUUACAGCAUAUUUGGAGAUGAUGUAGAUUCCAUGGUUUGUUACUUGUUGGAAACUAGCAGCAGUAGCAGGCGCAAAGGCAAGGCAACAGAAUGAUGUCCAACUAGAAACCAUAAAAUGAAAAGGUGAAAGAGACUUGGGAAUGCAUAUGUGAUUGUGUUGGCCUCUUUGUGCUGGGACUGUAGAAAAUGAUUCAAUUGAAUGAGCCCUGUGAAUCUUUAAUAUGUUAUCGAAGUUCAGUCAAUAAAAUGGAUUGACUAGACUGUUUACUGACUUUGAGUUAUCUAGCAUUUAAAGUUCGAUAAUCAAGUUAGCAUUUCAGGAC